CAGAGGAAAAUUUUCCAAGUGCAGUGCCACAGAGAAAAAUUUAGUUUCCUCCUUCGCAGUUAGUUUUUUAUUUUAAUUUUAUUAAAUUCUCAUUUUAAACUUUGUUUGCAUCGUUUAAUUUGCAAAAAUCCAAACCACCAAACUUCAAACCAGUUCGUGCUUCAUUGAUUUUACAAUAUCUCCAAUCGUAGUUUGCCCCAAAAAGUUAUUUAAUUUUGCAUCUCUAUACAAAGCGAAAGCAGUCUCGUCAGUGUGUUAACGUCAUUGGUUUUCUUUUCUUUAGUUUUUAUUUUUUUUCUUAUUGUCUUAUGUCCGUUUCUAUAUUCUGCUGCUGCUGUUACUUAUUUCUCUUCGUUUCGCCGUCGUUUUGUGAUAAAUUCAAUUCAAUUCUUAUAUUUGCUCCUCCAAAAUAAAAAUAAAAAUAUAAAUAAAAUAAGAAAAAGGAAAAGAAAUUUUGCAAUAUUUUUUAAUUCUAAUAACUCGUCUUUGAAUUUGUUAUUGUGGACAGAGAAAUCUAAUUUUGUGAUUUGAAUCAUAUUCAUUCUCGUCUCGUCUCGUGAAGAGAAAUUAAAAUAAAACAGACCUAAAGUUCCCGGGAGGAGGAGGACUAUCUCCAAAGUUUUAGGUCAACUCCAAGCAUCUUAUACACAUCUCUUUUUCGUGUCAGCUAACUACAGACAACGGAGGCGACGGACGGGAAAGGAAGAAUUGAAACAGAAUCAGAAGGGUCGCCGCCGCCGCUGCCGCGAUUCGUGUUCUAUAUAUAAAACAAUAUUUUAUAUAUAAAUAUUCAAACAGAGUCAUUACUUUGAUAAAUAAUUAUCAUUUACAUCUUCUUCAUCGUGGAAAAUGAUUUGAAAAUGGCUUCUGGAGAUCUUUCUUUAACCAGCAAUAGUAGUCAAGAAGAGAGUGCCGAAUAUGUUGUCGGCUAUGAUCGCACACUUCGACCAUCCUCGAAUAGCAGUGGCAGCACAACAGCCGCCAAUCUUGCCAACAACAAUCCAAAUGCUAAAAAAUCCUUCGAACUUAUGAAGCAGCAAUAUGACAUGGAACUGAAUAAUCUACGACAUCAACACAAAGACACUGUGCGCCGUUGUGAGGAAAUGGGAUCGCAAUUGGCCUUCUAUCAGGAACAAUAUAUGGCAGCCAUGAAACAAUUGGAGUCCUCUUCGAAGGAUCGAAAUAAAUUCACCGACAUAGCUGCAGAAAAUGCCCGACUCACUCAGCAAAAUAUGAUUCUGGAGCGCAAAUUGUUGCAGUUCAUCGAAUCAGUUAAGCAGAAGGAAAGUGAAAAUGGCAAUACUCAAUCGGGAUCGUUCUACUGUGAGCAUUACAGCGAAAUGGGUGGGAAGAAGUGUGAAGGUGGAUGUGUAGAGACUGAGAAGCUUCUCGAAGAGUUGCAACUGUGCAAGGAGAGAUAUGCAGAUCUGUCGAAGGAUCGCAAUAUAAUUUCGGCCGAGCGGGAGAAAUUCAAGAAACAUCUUUCGUCGGUCAUAAAUGAGUUGGACAAUGUAAAGAAGGAACGCAACUAUUAUCGAGAUGCCCGAGAAACGUUCAGUAUUCAACGUGAUCAACUUGAGAAAGAAGUCGAGAAGCUCAAGGCCGUGCUGGCCUCCAAGGCAAACGAAUUGCUAAUGGCAACAAUGCAUAGAAAUCGUGUCGAGGAUGAAUUGAAUCAGAUUCUCUCCGAGAAGGAUAAUGUCCUACAAGAGACUCAGAAAAUGAGUGAUGAUUUGGCGGCUGUGAAAAAAGAACUCGACCAAGUCGAGAUCCAAAGGAAGAAGGACAAAAGUGACAUAAAGUCCCUGCAGCAGGCCAACUCGGAGCUUAUGCAUAACAUAGAAGAUCUCAAUAUGAAGUUGAAAAAGCGAGAGCUCCUGAAAUCUCGAGAGUCUUCGUGGAGCAAAGAGUUCUCGGAUAGCAAAGACGACUUCAAGGAAAUCGAAAAGUUGCGUAAAUGCCUCGAGAAGGCGCACUCCGAGGUUGAGAAGUCCAUUCAGGAAACCGAUAUUGCCAAAAGACACCGAGACUGGGCAAUAUCCGAGCGAGAAAAGAUCGUCCAAGAACGCGAUUCGGUCAAAACUCUCUGUGAUAAUUUGAGAAAGGAGCGCGAUAAGGCCAUCAGUGAUUUGCUGUCGGCGAUACGGGACAGCGAAAAGAUCAAAAAACAAAAAGACGAAGCACAAAGGGAGAUCGAAGGCCUGAAGGAACAAAUUGAAAAUUCCCACUCGCACGAUCUGCGUCGCAGUUUUCGACUGAGCACCUACGACGCCGACGAUAUGAUUGAAAUCGAGCUGUGCAACUAUCACCAGGACGGGGAUGUGGGAAUCAUCCUGGACGACACCAAUAACAGGCAGCUGGUUUGCGGGGUAACCAACACCUCGCCGGCAUUCGGACACCUCAAGAUCAAUGACGUGAUUGUGAAGGUUAACAAUUUGGACUGUCAAUCGAUGACCAAGCGGAUGGUGUUGGACGAAGUGCGUUCCAGUGCGCCCCGAUGUAGCCUUCUGGUGUCACGGACUCGCCAGAGUAAGCGCCACUUCUACACAGUUCACCUAAAUCUGCAGGAGAACCACAACCACGGCCUGAACCUCGACACGGGAGUGUUCAUUUCCAAGAUCGAACAAAAUUCCCUGGCCGCCUUUGAGCCUGAGUUAGAUGUGGGCGAUCGAGUGCUUAGCAUAAACAACAAGUCCAUGGAAGGUGUUCAAAAUGUGAAGGAAGUUAUGAACAUCCUGAACGAUCUGCGGAACGAUUCAAUCACCAUAUUCGCUUUGAAAAACGUCCAAGAUGUCAGCUAUCCGGAUGCCCAUCGCCGAAUGACUACGACAUCAGCCCAAACGGACUCCAAUGAUUCGAUGCACAAAGUACCUAGCGCAAAGCACCCCUCGAAAAUCGCCGAAAUGCUCAGCAAGUUCCGCGAGAAGAUACACAUAUCGAAACCAGGUGCUGAUUUCAGCCAGGAGAAUGACGCUCUUGCUGCACUGGACUCUGUGCUGAGUGAGAGUUCCGAAAAGAGCAAAGAGAAUCUCUUUAAGCGAAGCAAACGCAGCAGUAAAAAAGAUAAGGAAACCUCGAAAAGCAUGGGCACAUGGCCCAGGACAAAUAUUCUCAAUACAUCACAAGAGAACCCCACAGGCACCAUUGUCCAGCACCGGAAGAAGGAACGUGCCCCAUUAUCGCUGUUUACAGCUGCUCCCAUCAAUGUAGAUAAGGAAGAACCCGAAAAAAUGGGAGGAGCUGGGAGUUCUAGUACUUUGAUUUCGUCGAAGAACAAUCCCAACCGUAAUUCGAACCCGAUCCCUGCGUCGAGUCUUUUUCAGUCCACUGGGAGUUCAACCACCAACGGUUACCCCUAUCGUCAUUCAGUUUACGGAACGGCUUUAGAAUCGGAGCCCAUAAUCCUAGAACAGUCUAAACCCGUCGGGAUUCGGAGCCCCCCAUUGGUGGCGCCAAACAUGCGAAACAAGACGUCGGACUUGAUGGGCAAGUACAGUACCCACACUAAUCAGAGACAGCAUCACGCAAACCAUUACCAGAAUAGAUAUAGCUUGAAUUUGACUCCGAUGGAGAACAGCUUGCUGUACAAGACAACCGGCCAGACGGCACAGCAGCAAGUGAUUCCGGCAGCCAUCACCGUUGGCACAAAACAGCAACAGCUCUUCGAGAUGAUCAAAAGCCCACCGCCACAGCCGCCUUUGUUCUGUCAGCCGCAGUCGAAUAGUACGGCAUUUGCCAGGAACAGCGCACAGCAAAACUCCCUCGACAUGAUAUCGCUCAAGUCCCAGAACUCAAUCGAUUCUAUUCUCUCGCAAAAGAGCCCGCCCAUCAGCGAAUACGCGAACUUCCCAAAGCGACCAGCAGCUCCUGUCGUUGGGAUGCAGUCGAAGAAUGUAUCCAAGUAUCCAAGUGACAGCGAAAGCAUAGCUUCUGGCGUCGCCAAUCAUCCGGGGAUGCAUGCGGGUGGAGCGUUGCUCUUUCACCGCGAUCAAAUGAACAAUGGUGGCAGUAUUGCCCCUCAGCAUCGACACACUCAACUCUUCCCCACGUUCACGUCGAACAGCUCCCAGAUGCAUCCUAUCCACAUACCCCAUUCCCAUCAUCCGCACAAGAUCCGUCACUCUAGUCCACUCACUUUGCCGCACUCUAUCGACCCUCAGCACGCCGCCCACUCCUCGGCUGAUAAGUUUGACAUGGACUAUGGCAGCCCACCGCCAUUGCCGCAUCACGCCUACAAUUCCUCCGUGGACUAUCCCUACAACCGAGGUGGGCGAAGCAUCCACCCCACUCGCGACCAUGACGAUAUGCAGUCGGGCUAUUCACAAGUAUAUGAAGGAGGCACCUUCCCACGCAAAAAGGAACACCAACGACUGCGUAUUCCUUCGAACCACAGCGUUGCAAGCAAGGGAAGCGGCGUGAAGAACAGCACCGGUUCUAUUGACCAUCACGGCGGCAGCGAACGCGGCUCGCCAAUGCCUCAAGUACACGUCGAGGUAUUGAGCCACGGCGGCAGCAAGAGAAAUUCGAAUGUGCCGUCGGAUUUUCUUUGCCCUGGAGACCUGAGAAGAGUCACGAUUGAGAAGAGCGAUAAAUCCCUGGGAAUCACCAUUCAGUGUAACAACAAUGGUGGCGGUAUUUUCGUCUCGACAGUAGCCGAGAAGAGCAUUGCUACUCGUGCCGGUCUUCAGGUGGGCGAUCAACUCUUAGAAGUUUGCGGACUUAACAUGCGCUCGGCUACGAAUGACAUUGCAGCUAAUGUGUUGCGCCAGUGUGGCAAUUCUAUUACAAUGCUGGUGCAAUAUAAUCCAGAGAAAUUUCUCUCUGCAGAAUACGACGGCGGCAAUAAUCUCGAACCGGAAAGUGUAAAUCACUCAGGAUCUCCAACGCCACGUAACUCUCCCCGACCACCAGUUAGAUCGUUAAUAGCAUCCUCCCCCAUAACCACAUCGAGUGCUUUGACCAACAGCAGCAUAAUGCCUCCAUCUAACACUCUGAUCUCGACUCCUAUUAAGGAUCAAAGUUUUGCCGAUAGCCUAGAAAAUCAAUCGGAUGUGAGUAGUCAAGACAUCCCGACUACGAUUUAUGAAGAAGAAGCCCGCUACGUGACUCUGCACAUGGACAAGUCAAAAAACCUAGGAAUCAAAUUGUUCGGUGGCAAUAAAGUUGGGAUAUUCGUUCAUGAUGUUACGGUGGGAUCGCCGUCCGAUCGAGCUGGCAUCCGGAAGGGUGAUCAGAUUUUGGAAUACAACGGAGUGGAUCUGAGAUGUGUGACUGCCGAGCAGGCUGCCAAUGAGAUAUCUAAAUUGACUGAAACAGUGACAAUGCUUGUGCAGAAUAAAUUACAAAUUUUAAAGCAAAUUAAGGACAGAUCAGGGGAUUCUUUUUAUAUCCGAGUGGGGUUUGACAGAACUGGUGACUUAAAUGAAGGUGAAAUCAAAUUUGUAAAGGAUGAAGUCCUCUAUGUCGACAAUACAGUAUUUGGUGGGACUUUUGGCCUCUGGAGGGCAUGGAAAUUGGACGCCAAAGGACAUCGCAAGGAAUGCGGAAUUAUUCCAAGUCAAUCAAAAGUUGAAGAAGAACUUCGUUCAGGAGAGACUGUGGAUUGCGAUGGUGGUACCGCACGACGUGGCAGCACAUCGGCACGUCGAUCUUUCUUUCGUCGAAAAAAACACCAACGUAGCUCGUCGAGGGAUUCCACAGAAAUAGCAAGUUUCAGCAAUACUCAAUUGAGUUUCUUUCCCGAUUCAGGAAUGUUGAAUGAUGAUGGUGGGAUUUUGAGCUAUCAGCGUGUUGAACGAUUGGAUUCUCCAAUACGUCGUCCGGUGUUAAUAAUUGGUCCACUUUCGGAAUGUGUUAUGGAUCGUUUGACAAUUGAUUUUGUUAAUCUAUUUAAAUCGUGUGAAGUAACAACAAUGGAUUGCUCCCAAGAAGCCAUGGAGGAAGGUUUACAGGAGAAUAUAUUUGUGGACUAUCGAAGGAGAGGCAACAAAUUCGAAUGCACCACUGUGGAGUCCAUCAAUAAUUCAUGCAAAAAUGAUCGUCGUCAUUGUAUCCUGGACAUAUCGAUUUCAGCAGUUGAACGCUUGCAACGUUUACAGAUCUAUCCAAUCGUACUGCUUCUGCGAUUCAAAUCGGCUAAACAGAUCCGGGAAAUAAAGGACCCACGUUAUGGCACCGAUAAGAUAUCUGCUAAAGCUGCAAAAGAAAUGUACGAAAGGGCUCUUAAGCUAGAAUCUGACUACAAACAGUAUAUUUCUGCUGUUAUACCAGGAGUAAGCAUUAAGCACAUGUGCACACAGAUCAAAGACUCAGUUGACAAGGAACAAGAUAAACUUCUAUGGGUUCCUGUCUCCAAUGCCUAGAGUUGCUGCUAGCUUUUAAUAUUAAUUUUAUUUUGUUUCAGAGUGCAUGCUAUUAAUCAUUUAAAACAAAAGUAAAGAAACACACACUCCCUGCCUUGCCUAUUUUUAAUUUUUAUUUUUAACUUUUAACUUUUUUUUUAAAUUAGAUAUUGCACACACAAUUUAUUAUUAUUAUGUAUUUAUAUUAGGUACAAUUUAGUACCUAUAAACUUUUAAGUAUUUAAACAAAAAUAAGAGUAACUAAUGUAUUUCUUUUUUAUAUAAAUUGUAUGUUUUUUGUUUUGUUUAAUAGUUUUUUUUAUAUAUAAUAUGUGUAUUUUUGUUCUCUAUGUUUUUGUACUGUCUGCAAUAUAAUAUUUAAAUGUGCCUUUAACUAAUUAACAAACAAACAAAAUUGACUGGUAUAAAAUACAAUCAAAACACAUUUUUGUUCUUAUGCUAAAAGCAUUUCGACAAAAACAAUAAUAAAAUCAAGAAACUAAAAUCUUCCAGUUUGUUUUUCGAUGAAAGAACACAAAAAAUCACCAUUUUCUUUUUUAAAUAAAUAUAUAUUUAUUGCCUUGAAGUUUUUUUUUAUAUAUAUACAUAUAAAAGUAAAGUUAAAAAACAAAUGUUAACAACUUUUUGUUAGCAUAAAAACGAAUAUAAUAAUAAUAAAAAUUAAAGAAAAAAUUAAAUUUAACGAAAAGAAAAAUUCGAUGCCUUAGAAACAAUUUUCAAUUUUAUACA